AGGGCGAGCCAUACCACGGCGGUGGCAGGGGAGCGAGUCGUGGGCGACUGGCGGCGGGCUCUGAGGCGGUGAGUGCAAAGCCUUAGGCCUGGCCUCCCUCUAGCGCAGCGCAGUGCCAGGCCGCCCGCCGGGAUGCAGUGGGCCGUGGGUCGGCGGUGGGUUUGGGCCGCGCUGCUUUUGGCUGCCAUAGCUGUGCUGACCCAGGUCGUCUGGCUCUGGCUGGGUACGCAGAGCUUCGUUUUCCAGAGGGAAGAGAUCGCGCAGCUGGCGCGGCAGUACGCUGGGCUGGACCAUGAACUGGCUUUCUCUCGGCUGAUUGUGGAGCUGAGGCGUCUGCACCCAGGCCAUGUGCUGCCGGACGAGGAGCUGCAGUGGGUGUUUGUGAACGCGGGCGGCUGGAUGGGUGCCAUGUGUCUUCUGCACGCCUCGUUGUCAGAGUAUGUGCUGCUCUUCGGCACCGCCCUGGGCUCCCGUGGCCACUCGGGGCGCUACUGGGCUGAGAUAUCGGACACUAUCAUCUCUGGCACCUUUCACCAGUGGAGAGAGGGCACCACCAAAAGUGAGGUCUUCUACCCAGGGGAGACAGUAGUACAUGGGCCUGGAGAGGCAACAGCUGUGGAGUGGGGGCCAAACACAUGGAUGGUGGAGUACGGCCGGGGUGUCAUCCCAUCUACCCUGGCCUUUGCACUGGCUGACACUGUCUUCAGCACCCAGGACUUCCUCACCUUCUUCUAUACUCUUCGCUCGUAUGCCCGGUGCCUCCGGCUUGAGCUCACCACCUACCUCUUCGGCCAGGACCCCUGACCAGCUGGGCCUGAAGGAAGACCUGUGAAUGGACAGGAGUGGGCAGGCCCAUACAUGUCCACUUGCUGGAGCCCAUGUUUACAGACAGGUUCAUAUUCACACCAUGCAGAUAUUAAGUUCCUGUGUACAAGCAGGGACAUCCAUGCUUAUACAUCCAAACACAGAGACCUUUGGGAACAAAUGGGACACGUGUAGAUAUAGAGAUCUGUGUGUACAGCAGGAUCACACACUCAUACCCGUCCAGAAAGGGAACCUCACACUAGGGAGCCAGUCAUGUUCAAACACAUACAUAAACUUAACUCACUAACUCAGGCCUUUCCAGAGCUUUCUACCCCCUCACUCAAUCAGGGCUUUGGAGUUUAGGAUAGGGGUGGAUAUUACACCACCUCAGUCUGACUCCUCAACCCAGCAGCAAUUUGAUGGGGUGGAGAGGAGCUACCCUUUGGAGCUACCCUUCACCUGUACCUAUGAUGCCCUUCUCUUUCUCCCCUGCCCACACCAUAUGCCUUAUCCCCAUUCCACUCCCCUGCUAUGCAAGUGCCCCUGUGGCUUGUCUUACACCCUCUCAGCAACUAAGUCAGCUAGAGAAUCAGAGUAAUGUGGACAAUGCUGAAGUCAGAGUCUUCCAUUCCUAAAAGACCCCAGUCCUCUCUUAGGGGUAUUAUGUGGAAGCUGGCUUUAGGCCAGGGCCCACCUCUAAAGAGAGGACCUAGAGAGGUGGGCCUAAUUCCCAGGACCAUCCUUAGCCUAGAGAAGGCCUUUUCUGUGCAAACACAUACACACACCCAUCACAGUUUCAGAUAGCCCUGCUACAUUCUCUGUCUGUCUAUUUGUGUUAAUAAAGACCUGUCAAUCUGUUCCA